AUGAAGAUCAAAUUGAGUUCAUCCUUGAGGGGUUACCUGAAGACUACAAGCCUGUUGUCGAACAAAUUGAAGGCAGAGAUCUUCCGCCAUCCAUCACUGAGAUCCAUGAGAAACUUCUUACCAAAGAAGCAAAGCUCAUCUCACAGGCUCCGACUAUCUCCAUUGCUGUUCCAAUCACUGCCAAUGUUGCUUCUACACAGCCUCGUCAGUUUCCACAAAGAAACCAAUCUCGUCAGAGUCACAACUGGCAACACAACAACUACUCUCAGAAUCCGCAGACCCGACCAGAGAAUCGCAACAGCAAUCGCGGCUACCAGGGCAAGUGUCAAUUAUGUGGCGUUUUUGGACACAGUGCAAAGCGCUGUCCACAGCUCCCACAAUACCAAUCCACUCAGUCCAACAGCAUUCUCCCCACAUCCUCACGGCCUUGGCAACCACGAGCCAAUAUUUCUGUCGCCUCUCCAACUCCAACCAAUGCGUGGUUAA